UCAAGAUUCAAGAUCAUUUCUACAACCAUUCUAUUAUCUACUCCCCUUCUCCUCCUUCUACCCAUAAAGGCGAAACACACACCGAUACCCUUCACAAUGCCACCCCCACCGCCGCCACCGCCAUCGCGGCGGAACGACGCCAACAAAGCCUCCGCAGCCUCCAAAGAAGAAAACAUCUACAUCCCCUCCUUCAUCAGCAAGCGGCCCUUCUACGCAGGCGAAGAAGGCGAUCCCUCCGACUACCUCGAACACCAACGUCUCCACAAGACCAAAGACGACCAAUCGAAAUGGUACGACCGAGGAAAAAAGCUCGGUCCAGCCGCGACCAAGUACCGCAAAGGCGCGUGUGAGAACUGCGGCGCCAUGACGCAUAAAGCGAAAGACUGUCUCAGCCGACCGCGCGCGAAAGGCGCGAAGUGGACGGGGAAGGAUAUACAAGCCGAUGAAACGAUACAAGAUGUGGGGUUAGGUUGGGAUGCAAAACGGGAUCGGUGGAAUGGGUAUGAUCCGAAGGAAUACCGGACGGUGGUUGAGCGGUACAAUCAGUUGGAUGAGUUAAGGAACCAGAUCUCUGGUGCUGCGAAGGGGGAUAAGGAGGAUGGUGAUGUGGACGGCGAGGAGGAUAAUAAAGAUGCUGGCGAGAAAUACGCUGAGGAAUCGGAUAUGGGGCGCCAUCAGAGCACUGCGACGAGACAAUUACGAAUACGCGAGGACACGGCGAAGUACCUACUAAACCUAGACCUGGAAUCCGCGAAAUACGACCCCAAGACACGCACCAUGGUCGACGCAGGCGCAACAGCUGACAAAGCAGCGCAACUCUUCGCCGAAGAAGGGUUCCUACGAGCAUCCGGCGAUGCAGCGGAAUUCGAGCGCGCGCAGAAAUACGCGUGGGAGAAACAAGAAAAGAGCGGUGAUACAUCACAACAUAUGCAAGCGAACCCAACGGCGGGAGAAUUCUACCGCAAAAAGGAGAAGGAAGAAGCGGAGCGCAAACGCGCUGAGAAGCUCAAGACAUUGCAGGAUAAGUACGGCGGCGACCAACACGCGAUGCCGGCCGCGUUACGUGAGGCUGCAGUCACGGAGUCUGAGCAAUUCGUUGAGUACGACGAGGCUGGGCUUAUCAAGGGCGCAGAACGGACAUCAGCUAAGUCUAAGUACGCCGAGGAUGUUUACGUCAACAAUCAUACUUCGGUAUGGGGCAGUUGGUGGUCUAAUUUCAAAUGGGGCUACGCGUGCUGUCACUCGUUUAUCAAGAACAGUUAUUGCACGGGAGAAGCAGGGAUACAGGCCUGGGAGGCGGCUGAGAAGCACAGAACAGGUGCUGAUUUGACAGAAGAGGCACCGGCGGAAGAGACGAAAGAUGACGACAAGGCUGAGGAAGCUGAACAGCAGCAACAGACGGCCAAGAAACGCACUAUGGAAGAGAUGAUGGGUGGUAUUUCAGAAGCAGAACUGGAUGAAUAUCGCAGGAAACGAACAGCCGCAGAUGAUCCCAUGGCCAAGUACCUAGGGAAUGAUGAGCUAGUUCGAUAGUAUUGAUCCAUAACAUGGGGUUGUGUUAAUAUAAUGGAAAGAGUCAUAGCAAAUCACUGGAUCACGUAGAGCACCA